AUGCCCACGCUCUCCUCCCUCCGCACCCGUUUCCUCCGCCGCUCCGACGAGGUUGAAGCGCAGACCGAAUGCGACCGCCCAUCUCCAACUUCCCUCGACGAGAAAGCCACUCCACUCGACUCUCAGGAUGACGCGCCGCCGGCCUACCCUUUCCCUGCUGAGAAGGGCCGCCCUUCGCUAGCACUCGCCAUCCCAAACGAACGGCAGAAUGAGCUGAACAGCCCAAUCGUACAGACGACCCAUGAUAACAUGCCGACUAUCAUGGUCCUCGUUAAGGAGGAUUACGAGUGGGCGCGGUCGUACCUCAAAGAGUUUGAUUAUCGACGGGCCGCGCGGCGCGCUACUGCCCGGCACCUAUACAAAUGGUACAUCCUCCUUGCCGUCGUCAUAGCCGUCUCGGUCCUCGUGAGCACAAAGCACACGACGAUAGUCGAGUUCUGCCGCCCCGUCACCGAACGUAUUCGGUCCUGGCCAGGCGGCUGGCUCAUCCCAAUCGCCUUCCUCAUCAUCGUCUCCUUUCCCCCACUGGUGGGCCACGAGAUCAUCGGCAUCCUCUGCGGCCUCGUAUGGGGCAUGUGGGCCGGAUUUGGCGUAUUGGCCGCCGGGACAUUCCUGGGCGAAGUCGCUACCUGGAUAGCCUUCAAGUGGAUGUGUACAGCUCGCGCGCGCAAGUUCGAAAGGCGGAACAAGCUCUACGGCGCCCUGACCCAGUUGAUUCGGGAGAAGAGCUUCACGUUCGUCCUCAUCCUCCGCUUCUCCGCCGUACCAGGGCAUAUCGUCACCGCCGUGAGUGCGAGCGCCGGUGCGAAUGUCUGGAGUUAUCUCGCGGCGGCAUUCCUCACCCUUCCAAAGCAGUGGGUCAUCGCCUACCUCGGGUCGAGUUUCGGCCAGCACUCCAAGAAGAAUACGUACAUCUCGUGGGCGGUGACCAUCGCGACGUUUAUCGGCACAAUCAUCGCCGCACUGUACGUGUAUUACCAGAUGCGGCUCCUCUUCCGCUCGGGCCGGAUGAAUGAGCUGCCGCACGGCGACCCACGCGAGCCGGGUGGAUGGGUGGAUGUCGAGGCAGACGGAGCGUCGGGUAUCGGCGGCGCCCUGCGUGUCAAUUACGACGAUGGUGGCGUGCGCCGCUCAGUCGAUGUAGUAUUUGGCCCUCAUGCGCGCGCAGAGGCGCUUGAGCGCCGCCAAUGCAAGAAGAAGCGCACACGAUCCCUCCCCGGGCCAAUAACCGAAGAGGAGAUGCGCGACUGGCUCGGACAGCUCGACACCGCACUCAUGGCCUCUACGGUUGGUGAAAAGGGCCCAAUCGAGGACGAGCCCGUCCCAUACUCCCACCUCCUCCUGGCGCCGCCUGGACAGGCCGCAGCGAACCCCGGCUUGCCGGAUCUCGCGCACGAACACAUCGUUCACAGCGCCGAGGCUGUUCCAGCCAUCCUCCUCACCCCGACGUAUACGCCUGCGCAGAGUAGAGCGGACUCGCUGCGCGGGACGGUGUCGCUCGACCUGGAGCGGCCGCGGAGCGGACUCGUGGUCAAGGGCGAGGGGAGGCGGCGCGGUGAGAGCUCAGCCGCGCUGACGGAAAGACCUCGGGCAGAUAGUCGCUCGUCGGUGUUGCUUGUACGUUCGCGGGCCGGGUCGACGAGUGGGCGCGACGGUGGUGUUAUGAGCGAGGUGAGCGAGGAGAGUGAGGCGCAGGCCAACGCCUGCCUCAAAUAG